CGCCACCAGAGAACGAACGUCGACGACAGCUCAGGAGCUCCUCGACGCCAGCAGCAGCAGACCAGUCUACACACACAGCUCACAGCAUAGCACACAGUAGCAGCAGCAUGAGCGAGCAGAAGAACGUAAAGGAGGCGCAGCCCGUGGAGGAGCAGAAGGACAUGUCGGUCGCCGUCCCCGCCACCGUGGACGACGUCGCUACCAAGCACCCGCUGCAGAACCGAUGGGUGCUGUGGUACGACAACCCGAAGAAGCGCAACUCGAACGAGUCCUGGGAGGAGAACCUCAAGAACGUCUACACCUUCAACACGGUGGAGGACUUUUGGUGCCUGUACAACAACAUCCUGGCCCCCACGAAGCUCUCGAUCGGCAGCAACUACCACUUGUUUAAGGAGGGCAUCCGGCCCAUGUGGGAGGACCCCAUCAACGCCAAGGGAGGCAAGUGGAUUUUCACCAACCCUCGCUCGCGGAAAGCGCGACUAGAUGAGUGCUGGCUCUACGUGAUGCUUUCGCUGAUCGGCGAGACGCUGCAGGACGAGGACGACGUCUGCGGCGCUGUAGUUAGUGUGCGCAAGGCGCAGGACCGUAUCGCCAUCUGGAGCGCAACAGCUAACGCUGAGGACCGCCAGAAGGCUAUCGGACGGGGCUUCCGUCAGGCGCUCGUCGACCUUGGCAAGAACGAAACGCUCAAGUACCAGUCGCACGCCGACGCUGCGGCCAGUGGCUCCAGUUUCCAGAACGAAGUGUACGUGUUACGUUAUCAAAUCCGCCUUUUCGGCUUUAUGGCGCUAAUGUGUUCUGCUUGUAUCGCUGUUACAGAUUGUAUGAGGCGUAACUCAACGCCGAUGUAA